AUGUCAACAUGCUUUCUAAAGGUGAAGGAUUACCUCAAGUCACCACCCAUUUUUAUGCUGCCAAAGUUGGGAGUGCCAUUAAUCUUGUACCUAAUGGUAACAGAAAAUGCAAUGGGAAGCAAGCUUGCCCGAGAAAAUAAGGAUAAAGUCAAAGUGGCGGUCUACUACGUAAGCAAGAGGAUGACGGCUCAUGAACUCAAUUGCUCAUCAGUUGAAAAUAUGUGUUGGGCGCUUGCAUGUGUAACUAAAAGACUAAAGCACUACAUGCAAGCACAUACGAUCAAACAUGUGUCAAUGCUUGAUCUGAUCCUCUUUGUAUUUCAACGAACUGCUAUCCCAAAAAUUAGCCAAGUGAAUGAUGAUGAUCUUAGAGUACGACAUCACGUACAUAGUGUGGUAGCUGACUUUCUAGUCGAUAAUCCCAUUGAUAUCGAGGAAGAGGAUGAUUUAUCAUUUCCGGAUGACGAGAUUAUGAUAACUGAAAAUGACUCAUGGCGGCUCAUGUUCGACGGAGUUUAA